GCUUACGCGGUUUGACGCGGACUAACCGAACUGCUUCCUUACCACCGCUUUUUUAACACCAUGAUCGGCGAAGCGGCUAUCGUUGGUUCGGCCGUCGGUUACGCGCUUUGCGGUGGCCGCGCCGUGGUGGAAAUUAUGUACUUUGACUUUCUUUUCCGAGCCGGUGAUGAGAUCGCUAACCAAAUGGCCAAGUGACGGGCAAUGUCCGGGGGCAUGCUCAACGUUCCGCUCGUUUUAAGAGUUUUGAUCGGCGCUACUUACGGAGCUCAGCACUCGCAAGACUACACAUCGGUGAUCGCUCACAUCCCUGGUCUCAAACUAGUUCAACCAGCUACGCCUUACGACGCCAAAGGAUUGAUGGUCAGCGCCCUUAGAGAACCUAACCCGGUCGUUUUUGUGGAAACGCAAAAUCUUUACGGAAUGGGCGAGAGAUUUGUCAAGACGGGCGUGCCCCAAGCGUCUUACGCGGUCAAGAUCGGUCAGGGCGUGGUUCGUCGCACUGGUCAAGAUCUGACGAUCGUAACUUUAGGCAGCGCGCUCUAUCCGGCGCUCGAAGCGGCCGAGCAGUUGGCCAAGCGCUGAAAAAUUAGUGCCGAGGUGAUUGACGCUCGUUCGGCGGUUCCCUUUGAUUACGACAUCGUCUUGAAGUCGCUCAAAAAGACGGGCCAAAUCGUUUUAGUCAACAACGGCGCCGAGCGAAACAACUUCAUGCGUCACGUCGCUUCCACGCUCAGCGAAUUAGCUUUUGACGAGUUGGAUGCGCCGCCGGUUGUGCUCGGCGCUCGCAACUGA